GUUCCCAAAGUUUAAGAUCACGAUUUAAUAGAGUAAUGUUCAUGAACCCUUGGACUCGUGGAACUGAAAUGUUUGAAAAAUGUCACCUUAGGGCUGGAUUCAACUAUUUUCUUCAACAGUCCGACCCAACUUGGACCAGCCAUUCAUUUUUUUUACACAAGCAAAGACUGGGUCAAAAGAAAGUUGGCCUGACCUGGUCCAUGCCCACCCUUAUUUUCAACUGCAUAUGCAUUGGUUCUUAUUUUGUUGUUUUGCUUGUUGCAAAGCCAGUCGAAAGGAGUGUACUUCGUACAUGGUUGGACUACCCGUUCCUUUCCGAUAUGAAUACCUUAUGGCAGAGACUAUUUUUUCUCAGCUGCUUCUGUUACCUAAUCCUCCAUUCAAGCCAAUUUACUACACAUUGGUCAUCAUUGAUUUAUGCAAGGCUCUUCCAGGGGCGUUUCCUGCUGUGAUUGCUGGAGCUGUACGUUCUCUUUUCGAAAAAAUAGCAGAUUUAGAUAUGGAUUGCAGAACACGUCUCAUCUUAUGGUUCUCACAUCAUUUAUCAAACUUCCAGUUUAUAUGGCCAUGGGAGGAAUGGGCUUAUGUGUUAGAUCUCCCAAAAUGGGCUCCACAACGUGUUUUUGUUCAAGAUGUUUUGGAAAGGGAAGUCCGUCUAUCGUAUUGGGACAAAAUUAAACAGAGUAUAGAGAAUGCACCUGCUCUGGAGGAAUUGCUUCCACCCAAAGGAGGGCCAAAUUUUAAAUACAGUGUCGAUGAUGGUACUAAUCAUGCAGGACAUGCACUCUCUGUAGAGCUCCGUGGUAUGGUUAAAGGAAGGAAAACUGCUCGUGAAAUUAUAUCUUGGAUGGAUGAGGAUGUAUUUCCAGUCCACAGUUUGGAGACUACUUGCACAGUAGUUAUUCAAACCCUUCUUGACAUUGGUUCAAAAAGCUUUACUCAUCUGAUCACUGUCUUGGAGAGAUAUGGCCAAGUUAUUGCUAAAAUCUGCACUGACGAAGACAAACAAUUUAUGUUGAUAGCUGAACUGAGUUCUUUCUGGAAGAGUAAUGGUCAGAUGACAGCAAUUGCCAUUGAUCGAUUGAUGGGUUACCGGCUUAUCUCUAACUUGGCCAUUGUGAGAUGGGUUUUCUCCAUGGAGAAUGUGGAUCAGUUUCAUACUUCUGACCGCCCCUGGGAGAUUCUAAGAAAUACAGUUAGUAAGACAUACAACCGAAUUUGCGAUUUAAGGAAUGAAAUUUCCACACUCAAGAAAACUCUCAUGAUGGCUGAAGAUGCUGCUUCAAUAUCCCAAUUAGAGUUGGAUGCAUCUGAGUCUAAGCUCACUCUCUUGGAUGGUGUACCUGUUGUUGGUGAAAACCCAGCUAAAAUGAGACGUCUUAAAGCAAAUGCUGAAAAAGCAAGAGAGGAGGAGGUAUCUGCUCGUGAGUCUCUAGAAGCAAAAGAAGCUCUUCUAGCCAGGGCAGUUGGUGAAAAUGAGGAAUUGUUCCUUUGCUUGUACAGAAACUUCUCAUCUGUCUUGGCAGUACCACUUCAUGAUGUAUUUGUAGAUGGAACCUUGCGAUCUUUUGGUCAGGCUCAAGGGAUGAAUAUAGAUCUUGAAGAUUCUUCUGCAAUGGAGGUGGAUGAGGAUAAUGAAAGACAAAAGAAGAGGAUUGCCUACAAUCUUGGUGAAAAAGAGCAAUGGUGUUUGUCAACUCUGGGUUAUCUCAAGGCAUUUACUAGGCAAUACUCUACUGAGAUAUGGCCACUUGUGGAGAAGUUGGAUGCUGUAGUACUGACCAAAGAUGCUCACCCUCUCUUCCGGAAAGCCAUCUAUUCCGGUCUGGGAAGACCUAUGAAUGAAUGACCUCUAACUUUUUCGCAGUUUUGUUUGUUAUUCCUCUGGACAUUCUUUAGGUAAUUUUAUCGUAGCUGCGAAAAGACCAGGCAAAUGCGCCGUACAAUUUCUGAUUCAGUUUAGUCUGCCUGUAUAAGUUGGUUUAACUAUUGUCAUUCUUUUAAGUGAGGAAUCAUAACAUAAUGUAGGAAGUCACUUUUGGCAGUUGCUAACUUGCCAUUGUAGUAGUAGUAGUCUCACGAGUUUGCUUCUGUUUUUUAUUUAAACUCUGGCAUUCUGUUUUGAAAAUUGUGUUGAGUUGCACAACUAUUCAAUACUUGUAGACGAAAUAAAAUUCGACCUGAUCU